GCCUUCGCCGCCGCCUGCCCGCCCGCUGGCCGCGUGAGAGGACGCGGUUCCGUGCGCUCCGCGGCAGCGUAGUCGGGUCCCCUCCCCCCCGGAAGGUUCGCGAAGGAGAAGCCGCCGUCGUCGCCGCUGAGAAAGGAAGGCAGCCGCCAGGGCCUGUCCUUUGGGGGCGCCAUGGCGACCGGAGCGAACGCCACGCCGCUGGACUUUCCCAGUAAGAAGCGGAAGAGGAGCCGAUGGAACCAAGACACCAUGGAGCAGAAGACGGUGAUCCCGGGCAUGCCGACCGUCAUCCCCCCUGGACUGACUCGGGAGCAGGAAAGGGCUUACAUAGGUCUCCUUCCCCUGAGCCCAUCUACAACAGUGAGGGGAAGCGGCUCAACACCCGCGAGUUCCGCACCCGCAAGAAGCUCGAGGAGGAGCGGCACAACCUCAUCACGGAGAUGGUCGCCCUCAACCCCGACUUCAAGCCGCCUGCAGAUUACAAACCUCCAGCCACCCGGGUGAGCGACAAGGUGAUGAUUCCACAGGAUGAGUACCCAGAGAUCAACUUCGUGGGACUGCUCAUUGGGCCCAGAGGGAACACCCUGAAGAACAUUGAGAAGGAAUGCAAUGCCAAGAUCAUGAUCCGGGGCAAAGGCUCUGUGAAGGAGGGGAAGGUCGGGCGCAAAGACGGCCAGAUGCUGCCGGGCGAGGAUGAGCCGCUGCAUGCCCUGGUCACUGCCAAUACCAUGGAGAACGUUAAAAAGGCAGUGGAGCAGAUCAGAAACAUCCUGAAGCAGGGCAUCGAGACCCCCGAGGACCAGAAUGACCUGCGCAAGAUGCAGCUGCGGGAAUUGGCUCGCCUGAAUGGGACUCUGCGGGAGGACGAUAACCGGAUCCUGAGACCCUGGCAGAGCUCCGAGACCCGCAGCAUCACCAACACCACGGUGUGCACCAAGUGUGGCGGGGCCGGCCACAUCGCCUCCGACUGUAAAUUCCAGAGGCCUGGAGACCCGCAGUCUGCUCAGGAUAAAGCGCGGAUGGAUAAAGAGUACUUGUCACUCAUGGCUGAACUCGGCGAAGCUCCUGUCCCAGCGUCUGUGGGGUCCUCCUCUGGGCCCGCCACCACCCCACUGGCCAGUGCACCGCGGCCCGCUGCUCCCGCCAACAACCCCCCUCCACCGUCUCUUAUGUCCACCACCCAGAGCCGCCCGCCCUGGAUGAAUUCUGGCCCUUCAGAGAGUCGGCCCUACCACGGCAUGCAUGGAGGAGGCCCUGCUGGGCCUGGAGGUGGCCCCCACAGCUUUCCACACCCACUCCCCAGCCUGACUGGUGGACAUGGCGGACACCCCAUGCAGCACAACCCUAACGGACCCCCACCCCCUUGGAUGCAGCCACCACCGCCCCCGAUGAACCAGGGCCCCCACCCGCCUGGGCACCAUGGCCCUCCUCCAAUGGGUAAAUCAGUACCUGGGAAGUACGCCUGUGGGCUCUGGGGUCUAUCGCCUGCAUCAAGGAAAAGGUAUGAUGCCGCCGCCGCCUAUGGGCAUGAUGCCGCCGCCGCCGCCGCCGCCCAGUGGGCAGCCCCCGCCCCCGCCCUCUGGGCCUCUUCCCCCAUGGCAGCAGCAGCAGCAGCAGCCGCCUCCGCCCCCACCGCCCAGCAGCAGUAUGGCUUCCAGCACCCCUUUGCCAUGGCAGCAAAAUACGACGACUACCACCACGAGCGCUGGCACAGGGUCCAUCCCGCCAUGGCAACAGCAGCAGGCGGCUGCCGCAGCUUCUCCAGGAGCCCCUCAGAUGCAAGGCAACCCCACUAUGGUGCCCCUGCCCCCCGGGGUCCAGCCGCCUCUGCCGCCCGGGGCCCCUCCCCCUCCGCCGCCUCCGCCGCCUGGUUCCGCCGGCAUGAUGUAUGCCCCGCCCCCCCCUCCGCCGCCGCCCAUGGACCCUUCUAACUUUGUCACCAUGAUGGGCAUGGGGGUGGCGGGCAUGCCGCCCUUCGGGAUGCCUCCAGCUCCCCCUCCGCCUCCACCACAGAACUAGACUCGGUUUUUUUAAGAAAAUAUAUAUUAUAGAGAGAGAGUUGGUCUCGUUUAAACACGCCGAACCUCACCAUAUGGAGCCAGACAUUGGGACGCACGCAUGUGACUGUGUGUGCACGCAUGUGUGUGUGUGCACGCCCCGGGCUGGGCCAAGCGACCGAGGACUCGCUGGGGAAUGGGCAGGUGACAGGAGGAGCGCCAGCGCGGGCUCUUGUGGCGCCGUGCAGCAUCGAGUCUCUUUGUCUUCUCUCUCUCCUCACCCAACUCCCUUUGCCUCUCCCCUAACCGGGCCGCCAGGAUCCCUGCCCGCGGCGGCGGCGAUGGCCCGAGCCAUGAGAGUGAGGACUUUCCGCGCCCAUUGGUGACCCCUCCAGGCAGACAGCCUCAGCAGCGCCCCUGGUGGACAGGAUGGUUCGGCAAAGCAGCCUGAGCUGUUUUUGUGGACGGAAUCAGAACACGCUGGCUCCAUAUCGUGACAUUUUUUUAUUAAUUUUUUCUUUUUCUUCGUUAUUUCCUUCCCUCUUCCUCUCUGCAGACUCCGUCCAAGGAGACGCUCUCCCUGGCCUUCUGCUGCAGUUAGCUUGCUUUCCUUCCCCCCUCCUCUUCCUCCUGCUGAGGCGAGGGGAGCAGCUGGCUCUAGGCACGGACUGGCUGGGGGGCGGGGGAGGUUGGGCCAUGGGGGUUGUUCAGGUGCCAGAGCAGCCUCUGAGGAGGCUCUGUCGCGGGGGUUUAACACACCACCCCUGCUGAGGGUUGGAUACUGCCCAGGGCGGCAGGUGGCCCUGGCCCGGCCGCUGGGCUAGCCUGCCAGCCAGGGUCUGUGUCGGGCUCUGACCACAUUAGCCUGCUCCUCUCCUUCCUGGAAGCUGCGUGUCCAUUUUUUCAUGCUCUCCCCACCGGCCCCCUCGUCUGACCGUGGCAGUGGCCAGGGACCCCAAACCCUGUGCUUCUGGUUCUGCUUUCUGCUCCUCCCCCUCCUUCCCUCCAUGGAGUGAUUAUGUUGACAAUAAUGUGUAACACGCGUUCUCUUCACUGGUUGAUCUACAGAAAUUCUCUGGGCUUUUCUUUUUUUUCUUUCUGUGUUUGAUUCAACACUGCGCUCAAGUGGGGAUGUUCCAUUGAAUAAAGGAGCAGUGUGCUUUUC